AUCUGCUGCUGACAUGUCAUCUCUUUUUUAUCUCCCCUCCCUCUCUCGACAUUUCCGAAGUAAACACUAAAGACGAUCUCUCUUUCUCUCUCUCUGUUGAGAUCACGAAACUGUUGAUCUCACUUGGCUGUUUCUCUUCCCUCUCUCUCUCUCUCUCUCUCUCUAGCUUAAAGCCUUUCUCUUUUCCCAGAAGCUAAAACUCUAGACUUUUCCAUGGAGAUUUCCAGAAUCCCACUUGUCUAAGUCUAUGUAUCAAGAUUUUGAAUUAUGAUUGAUUUUUCUAGUAUUUGAGAUCUGGGUGGUCUUAGAAAUUUGAAGGCCGUAGGAUGUACGCUGUGGGAAGGCUAGGCAGCUAUAUCUCCCGCGGUGUCUAUACAGUUUCUGGUCCCUUCCACCCUUUUGGUGGUGCUGUGGAUAUAAUUGUAGUGGAACAACCCGACGGGAGCUUCAAAUCAUCGCCUUGGUAUGUUCGGUUUGGUAAAUUUCAAGGGGUUUUAAAGACAAGGGAAAAGGUGGUUAGCAUCACUGUUAAUGGCGUUGAAGCGAAUUUCCACAUGUUUCUUGAUCAUAAAGGGGAAGCAUACUUUCUCAGGGAGGCAGAUGUUGAAGAAGGGGAGUCUGAAUCUGUCUCAUUGCCUUUUUCUUCCGGCGAUGAAACAGAUGAACCGUCUUCUGUUAAUAGGAGGCCAAUGAAGUCCAAAAGUUGCAACUAUGAUGCUAAUAAGUCGAACUCAGUGGGUGAAGUCGAUGUGAGCAAUGGGAAGAUUAUGGCUAGGACUAGUUCUCAAAGGUCAAGGAUAUUUGGGCUUGUUUUUGGAAAGAGGUCGACAAAGGAGGAUAGUUACCAGGAGGGGGUAGGUGGUGCUGGUGUAAUGAAGGUAGGUUCAUUGGAGCGUGCUGAGAUUGCUGCUGACCUGUUGGAGGUGAAGUGGUCUACCAAUCUCGCCUCUAGUAGAUCAAAUAAUAAUGCUUCUCGAUUUUAUUCUAAAAAUGAUACAUUGGACAGUAAAGGUGCUGAAGAGGAUAUGCAGAUUAAUGAUGAAGAAAACCAGUUUCACCCUUCUGUAUUUGAUAAGGAGGAAAAUAGCAUUGAUCGCCAGACAUUGCUAGACGAAACUGAUUUCUGCAACAGCCAAAAGGUCAUCUGUUCUGAUUCUGGCCUUGAGAACCUAGAUUAUUCUGUUGAGGAAGCUAGUGUACAAGUGUCUUGUGUAAGCACGGAGCAACAAGUUGUUGAAACCUCCUCCUUACAUCAAGGUUCUAUGGAAGAGAAAUGCAAAGUAAUAGCCAGCAUAUCAGGAACUAUUGAUGAGUGUAGUGUUGGAAAUUCUGAUCAUAAUGAGAAUGAGACAGGUGCUGUCUCAGGGAUCAGUGGUCCUUAUGUGCAAAGUCAGUAUAAGAUUGAAGCAUGUAGUGAGAAGAAGUUCGAUGAAGAACCAGCUGAUAAUGAAAGGAAUGCUGUUUUACCAGGCGGUGGCAUUUCCAAUGAGGAGACUGUUUCAGACAGAGUUCAUUCUUUUCUUUACUGCGAAACAUCAGAGAGCUCAGUAGUGACAUUGGAUGGUUCUGGUGAACAAACUCAUGAAACACUGUGCCUUUCUGAUGUAGGAAAUGGGAAAGUACAUAUCCACUCUGAAACACUGGUUACAACGACUGAGCUAGUGCCAGAGGUUACGGUUCUCAAGCAAGCUGAGGACAUGGAGUUAGAUUCUGAAGGAGCAUUAACAAUGUCAGAAUCCAAUUCUCAAAUGGUCAGUGUUGACCCUGUAAUUGGUUCAGUGGAAGAAAUGAAGCCACAUAGUAUUCACACCACUUCCACUGUCAGUGAUUUAGGUGAUCAAGCUGAAGAUGAGAGAAAUACCAAGGAUUUUCUCCGAACUUCUUUGGAGUCUGUUGAUGAGUCUCAAAAUUUUUGUGGUGAUAGUGACCCAAAGAGAAGUGUUCCACCAUCGGAGAGUUCAGAGGAUGAACAAUUCCUUUUCAGUGACCUUGAUGAAUUCAAAAUCCAUGAGCCAGAUUGUGUAAAUAAAGAUCUUCAUCACCCAAUUUGUACAGAAAGUGAGGAAGUAAAUGGUUUAUUUAAUGCAAAUAAUGAGUCAUAUUUAAAUUCUAACAAGUUUGAACAGGAGAAUCCAUCAACUGAUCUGGAAAACUCUGUAGAAAAGUCAAGGAUUGUCUCUAGCCCUAUUAGUAUUUACAGAAAUCAUAGACUACCUGGAGAGAAAAAUGGUUGGCAGGUAGAAUCACUACCUAAUAUGUGGUUGCCUGUUGCCAAGUUUGAUGCAAGCAACCAUCGUCCUCUAAGUCAUUCUCUGGACUCAAAUUCUGAAACCGUGAGGUGGACAUCGAUCAAGAAAGAUGAUUCAAGCUGUAUAAGGUCACAUGCAGAUGAAGAACAGCCAUUAGCACAUGACAGGUCUAGUAGUGAGGAUUGUGAGACUUCAGGGAAGCUGAAAAAUACUCUUUACAAUCCUGCUGUCGAGAUAUCUCUUUGCAAACACUUAUUAUAUGAAGGGAUGGGGGCUGAAGCUGCCUCUCAAGCGUUUGAUGCUGAAAAAUUGGAUAGCAAGAAAUUUGGCUCUUUAGGUCCUACUGCUGUGAAGAAUGAUAGGCUUGUAGUCCGAAUUGGUGGCCGUUACUUUCCAUGGGAUGCAGCAGCCCCUAUUCUUUUGGGGAUGGUUGCAUUUGGAAGUGAAGAAAUAUUUGAACUGCAAGGCAUGAUACCUGUUGACAGAGUGGAGAAAUCUGUUGAAGUGGAUCCUUCAAAAGCCAUAGUCUCCCAUAGUGGAAGUUGGAGGCUUUGGCCUUUUUCUUUGAAAAGAACCAGAUCUAGGAAGGCUGUGCAACCGGCUCCAGUUGAUAUCAGAGGUUUGGACGCUGAGAAUGCUGCAGAUGGUACCGUUGUCAGUGAUGAUGAUAAAAAUUUGCUUAAAGCCAGGCAAGUGAAGAAGAUGAUCAGGGCAAUAACUCCAACCUCUGAACAGCUGGCAGCAUUGAAUCUAAAGGAUGGGAUGAAUCAUAUAACCUUCACAUUUUCCACCGCUAUGCUGGGGAAGCAGCAGGUUGAUGCCAGAAUCUAUUUGUGGAAAUGGAGCACUCGUAUAGUAAUCUCAGAUGUUGAUGGAACAAUUACAAAAUCAGAUGUUCUAGGUCAGUUUAUGCCUUUGGUUGGGAUAGAUUGGUCUCAAACAGGUGUUGCACAUUUAUUUUCAGCUAUUAAGGAAAAUGGGUAUCAGUUGCUUUUUCUUAGUGCACGUGCAAUAUCCCAGGCAUAUCUCACUAGACAAUUUUUAGUCAACCUUAAGCAGGAUGGUAAGGCUUUACCAGAUGGGCCAAUCGUUAUUUCCCCGGAUGGGCUUUUUCCAUCCUUAUAUCGAGAAGUUAUUAGAAGAGCUCCUCAUGAAUUCAAGAUUGGGUGCUUAGAGGAUAUCAAGGCAUUGUUUCCAUCUGAUUGCAAUCCAUUCUAUGCUGGUUUUGGGAAUAGAGACACUGAUGAAAUCAGCUAUCUUAAGGUCGGAAUCCCAAUAGGGAAAAUCUUCAUUAUUAAUCCAAAGGGUGAUGUUGCUGUAAAUCGCCGGGUUGACACAAAGUCUUAUAGUUCCCUUCAUGCUCUUGUUCAUGGCAUGUUUCCACCAAUGGCCUCCUCUGAACAGGAGGAUUUUAAUUCAUGGAAUUACUGGAAACUGCCACCACCUCUGAUUGAUAUUUGAAGUUUUCAGCUAGAGUAUAGCUUGACCGUUUGAUACUGAGAUAGAUGGAUGAUGUAUGUGAUCAUUCUGGAGCUGUCCAGGACCUGAUUAGAAUUGAGUUGCGGUUUCUUUUACCCCAUAGAGCGGUCAAUCUUAGCCAUGUAGCAGUUGAGUCAGAGACCUUCCAGCUCUUGCCUGCACUUCUUAAGAUCCAACGAGCUAUGGCCAUCAAAGUUUCAGAGUGGGUAUAUUUUUCAAAUUUCUUUACAACAAGAUUGCCCUGGCAAAUUACAGGUUAUAUGUGAUCAUGGCUUUUGGGGAAGUUCCAUUAGCCUCUUUAACGUGAAGGGCUGGGUGAUUCACGGUUGUCCAAAGUAAUUUAUAGUAUAAAAUUUGCAUAGAAAGGAAAGGAUAGUUCAUCUCAGUUUGUAUGUGACUUCAGGGUAGUUCGAUUUGUAAUUUUGUAUAGUGAAUUCAUGUGAUUCCACAAGCAGUAAAACGUGUAAAACAUUCAUUAAGACUUUCAAUUUCUUAUACAAAAUCAAUCUUCAUCAUUAGUUCAAAGGAGAUUGAGUUCAUACA